AUGCAGUACAAGUUUCUUUUAUUCUUAUUCAUCGCCUGUAUGGUCUCGGCAAAUGCUAAGCCCAUUGUCGAAACCCGUAGCACUUUGAGUGACAAUCCUGCCGAGGUGUUUCAAUCUGUGUCUACAGAAAGCCCUGAAGAACAGUUAAGUGAAAACUCUAGUGAACCAGCUACUGAACAAUCCAGUGCUCAAUCUACUGAUCCCGAUGUUGAAGCAAUUAUAGCAGAAACGGAAGCAAGAGUCAAUGAAAUUAUCAAUCAUGAUGUAAACGGAAAGCGCAUUAUCAUUUACUGCAAAUGUCAGUUCCUGGAGACAGCUCUUUUUGAAUUUUUAGCCUGA